AUGUGCCGAGCGCGGUUUCUCGUUGUCGGAUUUCAUAUCUAUUUCAUCGAGAAAGACUUCGGGAACAAUCCUUUCGUUAUAAAUCUUCAUGUCGAUUAUAUCAAGGUCAUCAGCGCGGUUCUGAGAGAUGGCUCAACUUGCGGUGCUGAAAGUGAUGGCCUGGGGGCACGGCGCAUAUUUCUCGAGUCGAUUUCGCAUAGUAAAAGGACGCCCCCAUAUCCCCAAACUAUCAUUACCACCGACGUACUUCAGCCGCGAGUCUUUUUCGUCGAAAUAGGGCCUUAUCCUAUUGUGGCGGGUAUAGUUAAGGCAGUCCUUGGAACAUUAGUCACCUCUUUGCCUACGCCCCAGCGCAGCCGUGGUGACUUGAAAGUUGUAACCGAAUUGCUCGUUGUCCUUUAUUUCGCUGGCAGAGGUGUCCGCCAUGAAGAGUCGUUAGUUUUCUAUUGUCUUCGUCGUAAAGGACAAAUUGGGCGUAUCUUCCAACUGCCACAAUCCAUCCUUAUUGCAAUUAUGAGCCUAGUAAAAUCCUAG